UCACUUAGGACGCUGAGGAUGAAUGCAAUGAAACACAGCCUCACAGCGCUAAUCAACAUUUCCUGCACCAUCCCAACAAUGUCCAACUUACAGCUCCGCUAUUACAAGCUCAGAUCGGUCAGUUCAACUAUGUUUACAUUGUGUAUUUAUGUAACAGAGCUAGAUUUAACACAGAAUCACAUACAAAUCAUCCACGUCAAUGCCUUCAGAUCUCUUCCGGGUCUGAGAAUCUUAAGUCUGAGUCAGAACAAGCUUUCAUCUGUUCCAGUUGCAAUAAGGAACCUUCCAACUCUUAGAGAGUUGAAUCUCAGUGCUAAUAACAUCAGUAGACUUGGAUGUGAUGACUUUGCCAAUCAAACCAUGCUCAGACAGCUUAGCCUUUAUAACAACAUGAUCUCAGCUCUAAAUGGGUGUGUUUUCAAGGAUCUAAUACGAUUACAAGUUUUAAAGCUACAAACCAAUCACAUUAACAAAUUAAAUGGUGCUUUCCAAAGACAUUUACCGAAUGUUAGACAACUGUAUUUGAAUGCAAAUAAACUGACUAAUAUUAAAUACGGAGAGUUUAAGGGUUUACACUCCCUCCAAAACCUGUCAUUACAUGACAACCAAAUAGAAACACUUGAAAAAGGGUGUUUUAUUGGACUGACAAAUCUUACUGAUAUGUUACUACAGAAGAAUCUU